AAUGGGUAGGACAGAGGUGGCUUCUUUAUCCUAGUUGAGUAGUAAACUUCACUGCAGAGUGUGAGGAAAGGGGAGAGAGAGAGAGAGAGAAAGAGAGUGUUCCGCAUGUUGCUUUGGUUGGAUGGCUGAGACAUGAUUUCAACUUCAAGCAGUAGCAUGGCUUCUUUACUUCCCAAAACGGCACCGCAUCUCCUCCCAUUCGCAAACCCUUAUUCGCCCCUCAUCUUACCUUUCCGCUUCCACUCUUUCCCUCGCCCUCCUCUCUCCGCCCUCAGAGCCAUUUCUUCCGAUGCCGAUAAUUUGCGCGCCAAGCCCCUCGUUUCUCACGCCUUUGAAGACAACAACGACGACGACGACAAAUGGGUUGACUGGGAGGACCAGAUUCUGGAGGACACCGUUCCCCUCGUUGGCUUCGUCAGGAUGCUUCUCCAUUCUGGACAAUAUGAAAAUGGAGAUAGACUAAGUCCAGAGCACGAGAAAACCAUUCUUGAGAAGCUGCUUCCCUUUCAUCCAGAGUCUCAGAAAAAGAUUGGAUGUGGAGUUGAUUAUAUCACGAUUGGGUAUCAUCCUGAUUUUGAACGCUCUAGGUGCUUGUUCAUAGUACGACAAGAUGGAGAGAUGGUUGAUUUUUCAUAUUGGAAAUGCAUAAAAGGCUUGAUCAGAAAGAACUAUCCAUUAUAUGCAGACAGUUUCAUUCUCAGACAUUUCAGGAAGAAGAGUCGUAAUAUGUGAAGCUAGCACUGUCUUUUGCUGGUUGGACCGUUUCCUAAAUUUCUCUUCUUUUUUAAUCCCAUUUCAUUUUUCGUGUUUUAUUAUUGCUAGUAGCAUGCUAUUUUGAAGGUUUGAGAAAAAAAGAAUACAAAAACUUUUGAUGUUCAGAAGAGUGAUUAGCAUUUAAGGACUCACUACAAAAUAUUGCCAUCAAUGCUGAAAAUUGAGCCCAUUUCAUUAUUGACAAUAUUCGUAGUGCUAUAAAAAUAUGGGAAUGUAGAUUAUGUAUAUAGAUUCUGAUGAUAAUGUAUCUUUCAGUUCAAAUAUUUUUUCAAUUUCAAGA